AUGGCGUCCUCCUCCUCCUCCUCCUCCGGCCCGGCGGCGGCGCCCGGCAUCCUCUACGUGACGAUGCAGCCCCGGCCCUCCCUCCCGCUCGCCGACUUUCACGCCUGGUACAACAACGAGCACGGGCCUACCCGCCUCUCCCUCCCCAGCAUCUUCUCCAACGGCCUGCGCUACCAAAACACCGCCCCCGCCGCCCCCGCCUACAUGGCCGUCUACGACGUCAAGCACAUGCCGCUACUCGCCACGCCCACUUACACCACCCUCCGCGCCAACCGCUCCCCGCGCGAAGCCGCCACCAUUGCGCACGUCGACGUCCACCGCUCCUUUUACGACUUGCUGCACACCAGGUCCGCGCCGUCGCUGCAGCCGAUUGAGAGCUUGUCGGACAAGGACGUUGCGGAGGGGUACGUGACAGUAGCGGUGGAAAUAAGCCUCACGGAUGAGCCCGCGGCGGGGCAGGAGUAUCAGAAGUGGUACGUGGAGGAACAUGUCGAGCUGCUGGCCAAGGUGCCGGGUUGGCGCCGCAGCAGGCUGUUCCGGACGUCGCCGGCGGAGACGGUGGGAGAGGAUGCCGGGAAGACGGCGUAUUUCUGCCUGCACGACUACGAGCCGACCAACGGGCUCGGCGGCGCAGAGCACGCCGCAUCCAUGGACACGCCCCGGCGCACCGCCGUCUUUGAGCGGUACGUCGCCGCCAAAGCCCGCACGACCUACUCCCUCUUCUACAUCUUCGGCCCCGCGUCGCGGGACCUCCAUUCCCUGUCCCAGCAGCUCCCGCCCUCCGCCGCCACAUUCACUUCGCCUUCUGGUGCCAUCCGCACCGACAGCACGUCCAUCACCUCGCGCAUCACCACAUCCGACGGCGCUCUCAUCCCGUACCGUCUCGAGGGUAGCUCCGCGCCCGACGCGCCCGUCGUCGCCUUUUGCAACUCCCUGCUCACAAGCUACGCCAUGUGGGAUCCCCUGGUCGCCAUCCUCAAGCGUCAACGCCCCGACGUGCGCAUCCUCCGCUACGACACCCGCGGACGACAUGCCGUUCCGCGGCCGCACACGUCCGCGAGCCUGGACACCGUGACGUCCGACCUAGAGGCGCUCCGGAGAGCGCUGCGCAUCGACCAGCUCGCGUGCCUCGUCGGCGUGUCCAUGGGCGGCGCCACGACGCUGCGCUACGCGCUGACGUAUCCCGCGCGCGUGGCGCGGUUCGUCGCCGCAGACUUCAACUGCACCUCCAGCGCGGCCAACACGCAAGCCUGGCGGGACCGCAUCGCGGUGGCCCGCGACGGUGAUGAUGGGAUGAGGACGCUGGCGGGACAGACGGUCGCGCGGUGGUUCCACCCCGAGACGAGCGCGGAGAGGACGGCCUGGAUGACGAACAUGGUGGCGGGCAACGACGUCGAGGGCUUUGCGCACAGCUGCACGGCGCUGUGGGACUACGACAUGAAGCCCGAGAUGCCGUCGUGCGCGGUCCCGGGGCUGCUGAUCGCGGGCGAGGGCGAUGGCAAGGGCGCGCUGGUCAAGGCCAUGGACGGCUUCAAGGGCUUGCUUGGUAACGAGGGUGGUGCUGAGCUGCGGGUGGUGCCGCGGGCGGGCCAUCUGCCCAUGUGUGAGAACCCGGAAGGGUUUUGGGAAGCCAUCAAGGACUGUAUAUAA